AAAUUCUUCGCCGAUCUCUAUUCCUGACUUCACUCCUAGAUGCGGCCCGAAAAACCUACCUGGAAACUUGUCUCCCCUAUCUUUCUUUGAGUUGUUUUUCAAAUCAAAGGUGAUAGAACUCAUUGUGACCGAGACUAAUAUGUAUGCGGUUCAAUGCAACACUGACGAGUUUGACGAAGAAGGAAGGAAGAAAGCUAAGGACGCGAAUUGGUUCGACAAAGAGGGAAACAUCAAACCUCUAACAGUCGAAGAACUGAAGGCGUUUCUCGGCAUCACCAUCAUGAUGGGCAUUGUUGACCUCAGCGAUCAGCAUCGCUCAUACUAUACGGUAUCCUCAAGACGACAUGUGAAAUGGUGGAAAUAUUUAUUUUAUUUUUACAUGGACAUCUCAAUAAUCAACGCAUUGCAGCUCCAUGGCCAGAGUGCUGAAGCGAAACUUACUAACUUCGAGUUUAGACUUGCACUCGCAAAGAGCCUCAUUGGAACUUACGAGGGAAGACAGCGAGCCGGACGUCCACGCGUUCUCCCGGUUAUCGCGGAUGUCGAGCACUUUUCGGAGAAAUUGGCAGACAAGGCGAAAGCCUGUAAAAACUGCCAAUCUAAGAACAAGCGCCUAAAAGCUGGAAAUCAGGCAGUGAAACGUGCAAAGGAAACGCGAAACGGGUGCCGAAAGUGUGAUGUUCACUUGUGCGUGGGAGGUGUGAAUGGCACCAGCAGCGCAGAGACGACAACAAAUAAACUGAAAUACGGACAUUCCCCUGCUUGAGGAAAGGACAGCAAUAACAUCAGAGCUUAGUUUAAUACUCCAUGCCACUGAAUUCUAGUUUCUAUAGCUUUCUGCUUCUCUUGACAAAGACUGUACAAUAGGUGGAUUAGUGGCGGGAAAUUCAAAAACAUGAUUUUCAUUGCUUUGUAAUUCUCUUAAACCAAGCUUGUUUGACCCCAUUUUAGGCUUAAAAGAAUACUUAUUAUAUGGGGAGUAAGCAAUUUCUAUAUUGUUAGCUACAAUAAUCAGUAGUUUCCUUACGAUAAAGCAAUGUUUGAAGGUGACUAUAA